AUGAUCUUUAGAAAAAUUUAUAGAGAAAAGAAAAAGAAAGCUUCUAAGAGUGGUAAAGGUAGAGUUAAGUGGAAGUUUUUUGAAUAUUUUGACUCUUCAAAUCUAAGAGAAUCAGCAAAAUUGAUUUCUGAUUCGUGUAAAGAGUCAACUAAAGAAAGUUUUAGAAAUGAUUUUUUAGAAACAAGAAUUAAUGAUGACUAUAAUAAUAUUAAAAAACAGAAGCAAACUGCAGCAGAACUGAUUGUGGAGUAUUUAGAAAAAAAUAAUAAUCAAAAAAAUAAAAUUAUAGAAUUGUUAAUUCAAGCUAACAGUAAAGAAACUAAAAAUCAAAAAUAUCAAGAACUCAACAUGAAAAUUGAUAAAAUUGAAAGUAGGAUUGAUCAAUUAUUAAGUCUAUUUAACAAAGUAUUUCAUGACAAGAACAAAUAA